AUAAUACACCGUAUAAAGCAAAAAAAUUUGAAAUAUACGGUUGCCUACUUUUAUACGGUUUUUUAUUUCAAAUAUACGGUUUUUUAUAAAGUCUUUUUUUCAAAUUUCAAACCCCGAAGUUUUUUUGUAUUCUCUUUCUCUUUCAUCUGUUUCAUUCUCCGUUUCUCAUUUUUUCUUUGGCCGAGUCCGAAAACCUAACUGAGUUUCUUCAUUUUUUUUCAAAAUCGUUUGGCAUUGACUGGUUAAACAAUGGUUGUCACUCGUGCGGGGUCUGCAUCUCCUGCUCGGUCGGGUGCUGCGUUCUCUGGCCCAGCAUCCUCGAAGCAUUCCGACGAUCAAGAGUCUUCCGAAACGAAGGGGAAACUUCUGAAGAGUAAUCUUUCUCCUUUGUCUAAAGGGAAAGCUGUUUUGAAGUAUUCAUUGGAUUCUCCCCUUCCUAAUGUGAUCGAGGAUGAUGUUGGUGGUUCAAAUGAGUUGAAGGAGGGCGACAUGCAUGCGAGUGUUGACUUAAUUGGGAAAAAGUUGAAGCGAAAACAUGUUGCAUUGUCAAAGAGCAAAGUCAGUGCGAAGAAAUCUAAGAAACUAUCUAUUGAAGGUUCUAGUCGAGUAAAGUGCAAGGCUAACAGAAAAAUUGCGAAGAAGAAUGUUGGUUUACUGGAUAAACCGAAGCAUAUGGAAUGUUUUAUCAAACAUGAGGAUCAUUAUAGAGCAAGAGUCAAUUUUCACUGUGGUUUUGAGAAGAUCAAUGUGAUCUCAGAAAAAUUGACUGACUCUCAAAAGGUUUUGUUUAGUAAGACUUGCUUUGGUCAUUUUCUAAACCUUAAAUCUUAUGCUAAUCAAGCUAAAUUGGUUCACCAUGUUUUGUUGAGAGAAGUUAACCAACCAAACUUAAAUGAAAUGUGGUUUAAAGUUUGUGGAAAGCUGAUUAGGUUUUCUUUGGGUGAAUUUGGGUUAUUGUCUGGGUUAAAUGUGUUUGGUGAUAUUGAUAGAGGUGGAAUUAAGAAUAGUAAUCCUAUUGGAUUGUAUUCGAAAUUUUUUGGUGACCAUACAAGGGGCAUUUCAAGAAUUAUUGUUGAAGAAAGGUUUAAGGCUGCCAAUUUUGAUAAUGAUGAUGAGGCUGUUAGGAUGGCUGUACUUUACCUGAUCACUAACUUUUUGUAUGCUUGGCAAAAAGAGAAGAACAUUGAAAAAACUGACUUGUAUCUUUGUGAUAGUGGUGGUUUUAAUCAUUUUCCAUGGGGAAAGGAUAUUUUUAAUGUGACUCUCUCAUCUUUGAGAGAUGCUUUAAGGGAAAAUGAAGUUGUUAUUACUCGGCAAGGUUCUUACCCAACCUAUAAGUUGAAUGGUUUGCCAUUUGUUUUCCAAGUUUUCAUUUACGAAUCAAUUCCUAGUUUAGAGGGAACUUAUUGUGAGAAGGUUAGUUGUGGUCUGCCUAGGAUUAUAAAUUGGUCAUCUGUUGCAAUCCCAUCUCAUAAGGAGCUUGAGAGGAAUGUGUUUUCAUUACAUAAGACCAAAAUUGUUAAAGUUUUGCCCACUGAUGAAGAGAACAAUGCCUUCAAGCUUGAAGGUUUUUUCCAGUGCAACAAGGAUAUGAAUGUUGCUGAUUUUGAGGAUGAUGAUUUUGUUGCUCCUCCAAAGAAACCAACCAGUGAGGCUCCUUCCUCAUCAUAUGUUCCUUGUGUGACAUUUGGUUUUUCUGAUAUGAAAAUUAUUGUGGAUGAAUGUCAGAAGAAGUGUAACAUUAUGUCUAAGGAAAUUGCAUUUUUAAAGUCUGCUAGUGAAUCUAGACAUAGGGCAUUGAUGGAGAUGUUGGUUAAUCUGAAAAACGAUCAAGAUUUAAAACACAAGGCAGUUAUGGAAAUGUUAGGUGAGUUGAGGCCAAAAUCAUGUGGUAUUAAUGAUGAUAUUGAUCAUGUUGAUGUUGGUUUUGUGGGAGCUGAUGUUGGUGAUACUUCUGGUGGUGGUGGUGUUUCAAAGGAAAAGGAUAAGUUUUUUGAGAAUGAAAGUUUUACCCAAGUUUUUGAUGAAUGCAUUCAAGCAAUGCAAGAAGAUGCUGCUGGAGAUAUGGUAAUUGCAGAUGAUAAGAAUGAUACAGUAAAUGAGAAUGAGAAGACUACUGGGAAUGAUGUUGAAGAAACAAUGAAUAUUGUCAAACCUCAUGAUGAUGUAGCUGAUGUUGUUAAAGAUCUAGAAGAAGAGGCUCAUAUUUUUAACAACAUGAAUGUGGAGAUUUUUGAUAAAGUUGUUCAUGCAGCUGUUGGUGAUUUGGCAAAGAAAAAGGAAGUUAUUAUGGCAACACCCAUUGCUGGUUCUUUGAUGAAUCCAGUAGUUGUGUCUACUCCUGUUGUUGGCAAAAGGAAUCCAAAGCCUGCUACAGUUUUGCAAUCUCCUUUUGUUAACCAAUUUGGAUCAUCUUCUUCUAAGGAUAUGAAACAUUUGGAGGUUGUGAAGUCUAAAAGGAAGGUUGUGGGACGAUAUGCUUUUGGAGACAAUCUUUUUGAUCUGCCUAAUCAAAUUGACCAAGACUCUUUUAACAAGUGGUUUUCUCUGGGGCUGAGAAAAAAUAAUAAGUAUAAGAAAUUUGAUGAUAAUAAUAGUAUCAUUAAGGAGCCAUUUCAGUUUUGUGUAACUGAGAUUGAGAGAAAAAUUUGGUUUUAUGAUUUAGUUAAAGAUGGGAGGGAUUUGGACAAUGAGCAUAUUAAUGUGGCAUUUUAUUACCUUAGAAAAAAAGCCAAGUAUUGUGAGUUGAUAAAUGUUAGAGUUACUACUACAGAUAACUCUUUUGAUCAAGUUAUCACUUCUCUGUAUGAUGUGUAUCUGUCAAGUGACUGUGAUCGAUCUGUUAUAUCGCAUAACAGUGUUAUUUUUGAGUAUAUUUGUGGUUAUAAAAUGCUUUGUAACACCCCUUGGUCGCUAGUAGAUUUCAUUUUAUUCCCUAUUAAUAUGACUGUUGUUGGCUGUAAUCAUUGGAUUCUUGGGGAGUUCAACGUGAAGCAGAGAUUUUUUAAAGUCUACAACUCAAUGAGGAAUAGAGUUAUGGAUAAGAAAGUGUUGAAAGUUGUUGAAGCAUAUUCUACUUUGUUGCCCUUGUUUCUUUCUUUAAAUAAUUUUUAUGAGUCAAGGGAAGAUAUUGAUCUAAAUGCACAAGCAUUCAAGGGCAUUGAUAUGUGUCACCCGUUGGACAUUGUGUUUGAUGAUGAGGUUCCACAACAGAGUAACAACGAUUGUGGGAUUUUUAUCAUAAAGUUUGCUGAAUUUCUUAUGCAUGGACUUAUUGAAAAUAUCCCCAAUCCUCUGAAUGUUAGUUUCCAGAGAAACAAAAUUGCAGUCGAGCUAUAUGUCCAUGCUAAAAGAAAGAAAGAUGAAGGCUAUCUAUCUGAUGGGGAGUUCAGAGGAAGAAUGAGCAAGAAGAUGUUGAAUGUUAAUGCAAUGGAAGUAUGAGAGCAUCAAAGUAGUUAACAUUUUGGCUUUUAUCUUGUAAAGAAGAUACAUACUUAUGGCAAGAUAACUUUUGUGUCUUUGUUUUGCAAACUUUCAAGCAAGUAUCAUGUUUGAAUAUUUUGAAUACUGUGGCAUAUCAUUGAAUUUUGAUAUUAGCCCUUUUUUAUGAGGAAUGUUGUACAGAGGUGUCUCAAGUUUGUAACUUGAGUUCACAACUUUAUUUUUAU